AUGGAAAUAAUCUCAACAACUCAUUGUAUUUUCAAUAUAACCUGUUUACCUAAUACUAGUAAUGCGGGAUAUUCACAAACUAAUAAGUCCACCAUAAGAGGUGCCUAUUUUUCAGCUUCACCAGAGAGAGCUAGAGCUAAGCCCGCACCAGCAGGAGCUUUAAAUUCCAAAACCUUGGCCGAGGAAAAUCUAAAAGGGUUUAGAUUAAGAAAUUUACAGAAGGAAAGUGAUCUACCUUUGAGAGUUAAUCAGCCUUAAAGAAUCGAAUUACCAAUAUAUUUCAAUACCCCAAAAAGAAAAGAAGACAUUCUAAGCAAAAAUAGAAUGAAUAAUAAGAGUGGGCCUGGACUGAAUAUGUCAUAUGCAGACUCAUACAACCGUAUUGCUGCCUAAAAAAGAUUAAAGGACUAUAAUAUUCUAGCUUUUGCUUGCAAGAGAGCAGGAAAAUCGAGAGAUGAGGGCAGAGCUUACUACUCAACUGGUGUGCUUUACGAUAACUUAGGCAAGUAUAAGCAAGCCAUUGAUCAAUACAAGCGUUUCCUGCAAGUCUGCAAAGCUAUCGGCGAUGUUCACGGAGAGGCUCUUUCUUAUAACUGCAUUGGAGUAGACUAUAUGAAGUUGGGAGAAAAUGAGAAUAAUCUCUACAAGGAUGCAAUUGAGUAUCAUACAAAGCACAAGGAGAUUGCAGAUGUUGCAGGCAAAUUCUUGGCUCAUAUCAAUUUGGGUAUAAUUUAUAACAAUAUCGGAGAUCAUGAGAAGUCCUCAAUCAACCAUUAGUUUGCUCUCAGAUAUGCUAUUUAAAUGAGCAGUGUUGCUGGCUAGAGUGUGGCUAUUGGAAACCUAGGUAAAGUUGGAGGCAAGAAUGUCUAUGCUCAAAUGAAUCAAGAGAAGUUGCAAAUGUUCGUAGAGAGAUAUCUAGAGCUAUCUAAUGAAUUGAAAUACAGAAAGGGAGAAAGUGGAGCUUACAUGCAGUUAGGAGAACUUCUUACUCAAAAGGGUGAUUAUGAUACUAGUACAAAGCAUUUCUACAGAGCAAUGAAGAUAGCAGAGGAAACUGGAGAUCCAGAGAUGAAGGAACAAGCUAAGGUAAACUUCGGUAUGGCUAAUGCAUCUAUGAAAUGGCAUAAUCAUGUCACUAAUAUCCUGCAAGUUAUUUAAUCUGACUAGUAACAUAAAGAGGAUGAGGAUGAUGAUGACGAUCAAGAAGAGACAGGCAGCCAUAUGAUUAAAUAAAGCAGCAAACUGCUUCCAGACAUCAACAAGAAAUGA